CUAUUGUAUAUUUUCUUUGCAUUUUUAUCCAUUGUUACAGUGUGUGGAAACCUUCUGAUAAUCAUCUCUGUUGGUUACUUUGCACAGCUCCGCACUCCCACAAACUCUCUCAUCGUCUCUCUGGCUGUGACUGACCUUCUCAUAGGAAGUCUGGUCAUUCCCUUCAGCAUGGCAUUCUCUCUGAGCUCAUGUCUGCGUCAUGCAGGUCUUAUUUGUCAAGUACGAGACAGCUUUGAUGUUUCUCUGGGCACAUGUUCCAUUUUGAAUCUGUGCUGUAUUGCUGUUGACAGAUAUUAUGCAGUAUGUCAGCCUCUCAUCUACACAACCAAAAUAACUAAUAGAGUCGUUUUGGUGAUGAUUCUGGUAAGUUGGGGUAUCUCUGGAUUAAUUGGAGUUGGUAUAACAAUUGCAGGCUUAAAUCAUAAUCCAUGUAAGGAAAACUGCUCUUUGCAGGAUCUACUGCCCAGUACUGUGGGUCCCGUAUUUUCUUUUUACCUUCCAGCACUUAUUAUGUUGUGCAUAUACUUUAAAAUUUUCCUAGUUGCCCUGAGACAGGCACGCAUCAUUAAAAGCAAUAAAACCUCUGGAGUAACAGCAAGUCGGGGGGAGAGAAAGGCCACAAGAACUCUUGCUAUUGUUAUGGGUGUUUUUCUCAUCUGCUGGGCUCCUCUGUUUGUUUGCAUUACCGUUGCUCCUUUCAGCACUGACGCAGUGCCAUUUGUUGUGAUUGAGGCCCUUAACUGGGUAACACUGACUAACUCAAUGCUUAAUCCGUUUAUUUAUGCUUUUUUUUACAGCUGGUACCGGACAGCUUUCAGAAUGAUAAUUUCUGGAAAGAUAUUUCAAGGGGAUUUUAGUAAUUCAAAGCUGUCUUGAUUUAUUUGAUGAAAAUAAUUUGAAUCAGUUACUGAAAAAAAUGUAUUUUUGCCAGUUUUAACA